AUGUCUGGUGCCUCCAGCGGAGACAGGCAGGCCCUGCUUCAGGCCAUGCUGCAGAGGCUGAAGCUCCAGGCUGACCUCCAGGGAGGGUCUCUCCCAGCGAGCCCAGCCGCCCCCCACCAACAGACUCCUGGUCCCUACAGCAGAACAGCUCACAAUGGGUCGGGGAUCGCCCUGGUGGGCUCUCCUGGGAUGGGGCGAGGUGGGAGGAGCUGGGACUCAAGGGAGGAGUUUAGGAAUCCAGUGCUGGACAGCAAUCUGGAUACCUCUGGGACCGGUGCAAAGGUCAACGGAGAACAAGGUCUGGUUCAUGGACCUCUAUCGGAUAACGGACAGGAAACAACUAUCCUCAAUUUGGCUACGCCAUUUUCCUCCACUUCCUGUAAGGACAACACUGCUGAUAGUUGGGUUGAAGGUCGUGGCUCGAGACCAACGGUCUCCUCUUCUGCGGUGAGUGGCGGUCUGUUUCCUGUCCACACCCAGAAGGAGGCUGAAGGCACUUCCUCUGCAAGAACAAAUGGAGGAAAGGAAGGAAAUGACAUUUCUGCAAUUGAAGAAAGUGUUAUUGAUGAUGCUAUGAGUGGUGCAGUAGGAGAUGACGGUUCUCUCGCGGGGAAUCCCACUUCUGCCUCUCAGUACCACAGGAGCAGCCACAGCAGUGACCCAGGGGGGUUAGCUGGGUCUGGAGCCCUACUGUCACCCAUGGGGAGCCUGACCCGGGACACUUCUCCCUCCACACACCAGGGAUCCUCGCCUUGGCUCUCUGCACGGCCCUUAAAAGGUCAGAGCCCAGGAAGGGGAGAACCCCCCGCGGCACAUAAAGGGAAACCAGGGCUCCUGGCACUGAGCCACACCGGGGGGACUGGCCCCAACACGGCCGGCAGCCCUGUGGCACCACUGCAGAGGGACAGAGCAUCUGGGAGUAGAACUAAAAGAUGGACACAGAAGAUCAAGGAGAAGUUUAGGGAGAGGGGUGGGAGUCUGAAGAAAAGAAAAGAAGAAGCAGGCAAAGAAGAAGUAAAGGUGGAGGAAGAGGGCAAAAUUUCGACUCAUAAUGAGUAUCACAACACAAACGUCAUCAGCAGUGCGCCAAGCAGCACUGUGGAACCAACGAGCCAACCCACUGACCCAGUCUCUACAGACGUAGAGGACAGCACUGUGGACAUGAGAUCGAAUGACUUUAACAUCGGGCUGGGUUCCUUCAGCCUCCUGGAGGAGAUUAAAACCGGUCAAUACUGGGCCACCUUCCUGAGCCCCGCCCUGUCAGAGGGCUCCACCUAUCAGAGACCAGCACAACAGCACGCUGGCCAAUCACAAAAUGCUGCCGUGACCGGACUCCAAGAAAACAACCAAUCAUCCGGGGGCGUCGACCUACUAGGGAACCCAGUUGUAGCUGUCAUGGCAACGUCUCCUGCGUACCUUCCGGUGCCCGUCACCAUGGACACCUCGGAACUGGACGGAUCUGGAGUGGUGAUGGAGCACGAGGCCAGAGCAGAACCAAUGGAACAACACGGUCAAUCAGAGCCCUCUGAAGAGCCCAGACCCACGCCAGGAGGCGGACCUCAGGUUCACUCACACUUUAUCAACAACGCAGGACUUGUGAACAACACGAUCCUGUUGAGCCAGAUCCGGAGCAGGAAGCGGGUCCACCGGCGGUCCCUGGAGCGAACGGGAAGCGGAGGGACAGCGGGAGGAGGGGGAGGGGGGAGAGGGGCCUCAGGGGGGAGAAGGGCCUCAGGAGAUGAAGCCCCAUCAUCGUCGGCCUCGGCCAGCGGCCCGGUUGCCGUGACGACAGAGGAGGGCACCGGCCUGCUCUACUUAUACCCAUUCAAGGCCCGUCAAACCCCGUCCCUCCCGGCUCCCCGGGAGUUUGUCCCGAAGGGCGUCCUGAAGCACACCCAGUGUAAGGGGACAGAGAGCACCGUAUCCAUGGAGACAGCAGCCAAAAAGCGGCGGAUGGAGGUGGGGCGCCGGGUGCGGUUCUCUGAAGAGGUGGUUGCCAUAGCGCCCGUGGUGUUUGACAUCAGCAUGGGGACGGACUCGGACUUGGACUCACCCCCGGAGGACUCUGAAACAGAGGAGGAGCCAGGGGGAGGGGCCAAAGAGGGGGAUGGGGCUCCGGCACGUCCCCCGCCCCCCCCCCCCCACCCAGGCCCCACUCCCGCCCCCCUCCCUGCCCGCCUGGAUACGAGCACUGAAGAGGAAGUCUGGGAAAAAAAAUAACCGCUAAAAGAGCGAAUGAUCAAAGACUCUCUUCAACAAACGGUGACAAACCAUCAACUUUACUCUGGAGCUAAAUUGUGAAUGAGGAAAUAAAAUGUGGCCUAUAAGGCCGAUAAGCUUACUGCUAGGCCUACUCAGAUAUGGCCGCCGUCGACCUGUCAGCCUCACUUCAGUUUGAGAAGAGAUUGCAGUCGGUCCACCAUGAUAGGGAUUGUCCAUAAAGUGUUUAACCAACUAUGCUUUAUGUCGAUGAUGAGAGAAACAGACGCCAUUGGGCUAAUUUAAUUAGCUUUCUCCCUCUCCUUGUUUGAAUCCGCCCCAUCCAUCCCCCUCUUGAGAACACACACACACACACACACACACACACACACACACACACACACACACACACACACACACACACACACACACACACACACACACACACACACACACACACACACACACACACACACACACACACGCUAUUGUUUUCAUCGAUGCUUCCAGUGCAAAUCAUAUAAUGGACAACUGUAAAAUAAUAACUUUCCAUCGUCUCAGAUUCCCCCUCAGUUCUCUAAUGGCCGCUGUCAGCCCCCAGUGUAUGAUUUAAAUAAGCGGAACACAGUGGCACUUACUUCUACUUCACUUCCUCAAAGAGAGGGGUGUAUUAGGACUUCCUAUCUACAACGGCAUAAAUGUGCAACAUGGUAUCUGUUUUUUCAUAAUUUAGGACCAUUUAUAAAUAUAUUCUCCUCAUAUUUGAUUAUUGUUCAAAUUGUGUUGCUGGUUAGGGAAAAGUGCGGCAGCACAGGAAGCAAACCAAAUAUUCCAUUUACUAUCCGGCCACUCAGUCUGGCUGAGCGGAAAUGGACAGCGUCGCCGUCUAUAGCGCUAGCGUCGGAUUCCACCGCUACUCCUCCUCUUCCUGUUGCUGGCUUUCCCGUAUUGUGCUCCCCCUCAAACUCGGAAACUAGGCAGUAUGGCGAGUUUUGAAGAGGACUUUGACGGCGCUGUAAAGAUAGCAUGUUUGGCUCUUUCAGUCGAAAAUUGUAAAGAACUUCAAAAGAUUUGCAUACAGCAUUUGCUGAGGAAGAAAGAUGUUCUUGCACUAUUUCGGAUGGACACCGCUGCUGCUCCCCGGGGUUAGCCCCGCCCUAGACGAUUGUGAUUGGUUUAAAGAAAUAACAACAGGCCAGCCCAGUUUCCCCCCGGAUAGACGGCUCUAAAUAGCGUGGUUCCAGACCAUUCUACUUGCUGUAGUUUGGUCUGGCUUUGCGAGACUAUUUGGCCUCUGACCUGGAAGUCUGCAUACAUGUCUCGGUUAGGUGUGCUAAUAGGAAGGAGGAAGCUAAUUAUUCAGUAUUGAGUUCAAUAAGAACUAUGGGCAAGAAUAUGAAAAAAUAUAUAAUUAAAUAUAAAUGAUUUUAUAUAAAUGAUUUUAUGUAAAUGAUUUUAUAUCCCUGGCAAGUUUAACUAGGCCGGACAGGUCAAAGGAGAGGAGGCAGCAGUGGCGUGGCGUGGGGAUUUUUUUUGAGGAAGCCAAGUGAGACCAAACCUUAAGAGAAAAUAGUAUGUUGCAGCUUGGAUGUAUUUAAUGCAACUACAAGAGCUAUUUGAGCGCCUGGUCAUUUACCAGGACUUACACACGCCUGUAAUCUGACCGACACGACACUCUCGCGCUCUCUCGCCCACUCUCUCUCUCUCUCUCGCCCACUCUCUCUCUCUCUCGCACACACACACACACACACACACACACACACACACACACACACACACACACACACACACACACACACACACACACACACACACACACACACACACACACACACACACACACACACAGUCCUCCUAAACAUCUCAUUAAAUUACACAUUUCAUCAUAAAUGCAACCCCUCCCCGACCGAAAUGCACAAGUCGCUAAUGUCAUCAAUCCUGACACGUCCUAACAGUGCCAGUUUCACAGCGCAGUCUAUGUGGCUUUUUGAUUUACCGUGCCUCUCGAUUGCCCGGGACAAGUUGGCAAGGUCCACGAAUCCUGUAGUGACCCAGGGAUUGUUAAGGGAGCACGAAUCCUUGUCAAAAAGAAGACACGGCCAGCCAAAUAGUCGCUGAAGUUUGCUGCUGCCAGCUAGCCACUCCAAAGAAGCCUUGCUUUUUCUCAGCUUCGGUGUUGGCCUGCCAUCGGAUUUUAUUUUGAUUCGCUGCUGUUUUGGUAGUUUGGUAAAAUUAUUUUUAAGUAAACAAUCUAAAUCUCCACCCUCCAUAACUGCACUUGCUAAGUAGGCUACUCAAAAAUGAGAAUAAUUCAAACAUGCUAAUUUCGCACUAUUUGUUUUGUUAGUUUUUUCGGUGACGUUGAUAAUGAUGCUUUGAUUUGAUUGGUGUGAAGCCAAGGGCCGAGUGGCUUCCCUUGGCACCCUCCUGACACCCUCCCGACCAAUCAGAGGAG